UUGAAGGGGGUGGGGUUUCCAAGUCUUCAAUGCUACUAUACUACAGCUGGCUGGUACAGGGAUCGUAGAAACACAGUUUGUUUCCAAAGAACACGGUUUACGCAAACAGUAGCGGUCUUGUUGUAGUUUUUUAAUCGAGCCGGUUUAUUUUUUUCUUCUUCAUUUAAUAUCAUUAAGUAACUGGAUUCAUAGGUAAGGUCCAAACAACUUUAAACGUAAAUCUUCAAGAACGAGAUGGCAAGAGGAGAGGGCGCAGAGCAGUGCUCCAAUACCAGUCUGCUUCAAACACCCAGCCCAGACGGAAUCAAACGGCCAGCAAAGUGUGAAUCAAGGAGCGGGUUGUCAGUAUGCAGCAAGUUGUGUUAUGCCAUUGGUGGAGCACCAUAUCAGAUAACGGGAUGUGCAAUCGGCUUCUUCCUUCAGAUCUACCUGCUGGACGUUGCUUUGUUGGACCCAUUUUAUGCCUCCAUCAUCUUGUUUGUGGGUCGAGCAUGGGAUGCCAUCACGGACCCUACGGUGGGUUUUCUAGUCAGCAGAAGUCCCUGGACCAGAUUUGGACGAAUGAUGCCCUGGAUUUUGCUGUCUACCCCGUUUGCCGCGCUGAGUUAUUUCCUCAUCUGGUACGUACCAUCCGUUGACCAAGGCAAGGCUGUUUGGUACCUGAUCUUCUACUGCUCCUUCCAAACAUUACAGACAUGCUUCCACGUACCGUAUUCUGCACUUACCAUGUUUAUCAGUACUGAUCAGAAGGAGAGGGAUUCGGCCACAGCCUAUCGAAUGACUGUUGAGGUUUUGGGCACGCUCAUUGGCACUGCUGUUCAAGGACAGAUUGUGGGAAUGGCUAGCGCUCCUUGUAUCAGCGCUGGCGAGGACCUGAACUCUACAGAUCUGCAGGUGGCAUCCACGGGCAAUUUCACUGAGCCUCGUGUUUCACUGCAGCAUCUGAGAAAUGCUUACAUGAUCGCAUCUGGUGUCAUCUGCUCCAUUUAUUUCGUCUGUGCCAUGGUCUUGUUCUUUGGUGUGAAAGAACAAAAAGAGACCUGCAGGGUUAGGACUGAGCCCAUGUCAUUCUUUCAGGGCAUUCGUAUGGUGAUGGGCCACGGUCCAUAUUUCAAGCUGGUCAUGGGCUUCCUCUUCACCUCUCUGGCUUUUAUGUUCCUGGAGGGAAACUUUGCACUGUUUUGUAGCUAUACCCUUGGCUUCAGAGACGACUUCCAAAACAUCCUUCUCGUCAUUAUGCUCUCCGCCACGCUUGCUAUCCCAUUUUGGCAGUGGUUCCUCACUAAAUUUGGCAAGAAGACUGCCGUGUAUAUUGGGACUACAUCUGUGGUGCCUUUCCUGGUCUCCGUCGUCUUGGUGCCAAGCAAUCUUAUUGUGACGUACAUCGUUUCCUUUGCUGCUGGAGUCAGUGUUGCAGCGGCCUUCCUCCUGCCAUGGUCCAUGCUUCCCGAUGUUGUGGAUGAUUUUAAAAUCAAAAAUCCUGACUCUCAAGGCCACGAAGCCAUCUUCUACUCCUUCUAUGUGUUCUUCACCAAGUUUGCAUCUGGAGUUUCCUUGGGGGUCUCAACUCUUAGCCUUGAUUUUGCUGGCUAUGUGACGAGAGGUUGCAAGCAACCCGCCGAAGUCGAUUUAACCUUGAAGAUCCUGGUAUCUCCUGCUCCGAUAGUCUCGAUCAUUAUCGGGCUGCUAAUAUUCAUCUCAUAUCCAAUCACCGAGGAAAUAAGACAAGGCAACAGCAAACUACUUAAUGAACAACGAGAAAAUGAGAUGGACUCAGACUCCACUGAGCUCAAUGUGGUUUAGAAGCACCGGAACCCUAAACCUAGAUUUGUGUCACAUCAACAGAGAUGAAAGAAACCGAGAGAAUGCUUUGAACCAACCAUACAACAGGAAACAGCCUUUUUCCAGCUCAAUUUCAAAGUGCCUUGCCAUUUCUGGUUGCAAGUGCUAAUGAACGCUAGAAACUUUUCCCUGAGUUGAACAAAACCGAAAGGAAGGCAUUUGUGUGUGAUGCCAGUAUUUGUGCUGCUCGCUGGUAUAGGAUCUCAAAGCAGUGUCCAAAAAAGCCAGCUUUUGAUAAGCACACAUCUAAAAUGCACUAAAAAAUUAUCUGAGGUGAGACAUGUCUACCGUAAGAUGAAACUUAAAGCAUUUAAUAACAUUUUUAGUUUCUAAAACCAAAAAUGCAUUUCAAUCAUUAUUUAAUAGUACAUUUUGGGAGGAAUAUUUGUGUAACUGUACGCAACGCGAGUAAUAUUUGUAUAUAAUUGAAUGUUUAUAAAUGUUUUUGUGCAUCUAACUGGAUAAGCAGAGUCUUAAGAGGAGUUUUGAUUACGUCAGACUUCAGUAUUGCGCACAGAAGGUUAUUGUUUAUUUCUUGUGUUACGUUCCUUCAUGUACCCCUACUGUUAUGCUCCUUUUUUACCUGUUUCUGCUCUCACAGGGCAUACUCUUUCAGAGGGAUGCGCUGAGAGAGAAACUUAGAAAUUUGGUCCCUUGACACCUUUAGAUGAUAUGGGUAUACCACUAAAGUGUGGAUGAAAAGUGCUGCUGACAACUGAGGCUAUAACUAGCAGGAUGCCAUCAGACUACAGUAUGUGGGGUUAAAAUGUAUGAUUAAUUGCUUAUGUUGUGAGGUGAACACGAUUAAGUAUUUAUUACUUUUGUUUUAAAUCAUAUGUUGGUUUGAUUAUGUCUGUUUCUCCCAUCUUCCUUAAUUUAUCUUGUUUAAGGGCCUCAGUCUUGUACACUAAGGGCAAUCAGAGCUGUCCAUUGAUUCCUAUGGAAAAGCCAAUCAGUGUGUUUACAGGUGACACUGCUGUUAGUUUAGGUGUUAAACUAAUCUGAUUGUUUCGUGUCAGUGUCUGUACAAUAGUUGUCUCAAAAGUGCUUUUAUUACUGUAUAGUUAUAACUUCUGUGUCAAAGAUCUGAAUGCCAAGUGUUUCUCUACCAUCUGUAAGUUAUGUGAUAUAUGUACAUAGACCAUCUGAAAAUAUAAAGCCAUAUUUUACAUUUUCUGUUUGGGGAAAUUGGAAUGGCUUGUAAAUAAUAUUUGUGUAAAUGUCUUAUGUUAUACAUAUGUACAUAUGAAGCGCAUUGAAAUCUCAUCAGUGCAUGUUUAAUACCGUUUUCUAACACGUGUCAAUUUUGUAAUGAUGCAUCUGUAACAUUUUUGUCCCCUAUUCUCAUUAAUACUGGUUUGUGGUGAUCUGUUAAGUUUUCCAUGUUCUGAUAUUAAAAAAAAAGUACAGAUAUUGUAUAUAACAAAUGUGUUCAUGUUUGUACAUAGAUGUGUUUGUUUGUUUUUUGGGGACGGAAAUAUUGUGUGUAGUUACUGAAAAGAAACGAUGUUACAAAAUUUUUUGUAAUAAAUUCUAAUUAAUAUUCAA